AUUUUCUUCUCAAUAUUUUUUGACCUUUCCUCUUCUUCUUCCCUUCACUUCUCUACUCAAAACUCAUGGAUUCUCUCAUAGUUUCUCCUUUGUAUUUCACUUCUUCAUGCAUGAACUAGUUCCCUCAUCUCCCUUUCUCAAGUCCAACAAAUAUAUAUUACUCUCAACUCUCAACUCUCAACCUACAAGUACUAUAUAACUAGUACUUACAAACACAAAUAUCAAUCACUAUGGCUUCAAUGAACUGGCUGGGUUUCUCUCUUUCCCCACAAGAACUCCCAUCCCAGCCUUCUGAUCAAGACCACUCUCAAAACGCAGUCUCUCGCCUUGGCUUCAACUCUGAUGACAUCUCUGGCACUGAUGUCUCUGGCGAGUGUUUUGAUCUCACUUCUGACUCAACCCCUCCAUCCCUCAAUCUCCCUCCUCCUUUUGGCAUACUCGAAGCUUUCAAUAGAAACAAUCAACCCCAAGAUUGGAAUAUGAAGAGUUUAGGAAUGAACUCAAGUGCAAACUACAAGACCACCUCAGACCUGUCUAUGCUAAUGGGUAGUUCAUGCAGUAGCCAAAGCCUUGAAAACCAAGACCAUCAGCCAAAGUUGGAGAACUUUCUUGGAAGACACUCUUUUGGCCAUCAUGAUCAAAGCGCUGCAUACAAUAACACUACUGGUGAUUACAUGUUCAACAACUGUUCCUUACAGCCUCCUUCUGAGGCAACAAAUGGUGUAUCAAAUAGUAUUGCUGGUGAUGGUGGUAGUGGUAGUGGUAAUGGUAGUAUCAAUAACAAUAGUUCUAUUGGGUUGUCGAUGAUCAAAACCUGGCUGAGGAAUCAACCAGCACCACAGACUCAGCAAGAUAAUAAUACUAAUAAGAAUGAUGGUGGUGCAAGUGGUGGUGGUAACAAUGGAAGCCUAACAAGUGCACAAACCUUGUCUCUUUCUAUGAGCACCGGGUCACAAUCAAGCUCUACUUUGCCGCUUCUUACUGCAAGUACUGCCGGCGGUGGAAGUGGUGGAGAGAGUUCUUCAUCAGAUAAUAAUAAGCAGCCUAAUACCACAACUGGGCUCGAUAGCCAAACUGGUGCUAUUGAGGCAGUGCCAAGAAAGUCUAUUGAUACAUUUGGACAAAGGACUUCUAUUUAUCGUGGUGUAACAAGGCAUAGAUGGACGGGAAGAUACGAGGCUCAUCUAUGGGAUAAUAGUUGUAGAAGAGAGGGACAGACUCGUAAAGGAAGGCAAGUUUAUUUAGGUGGUUAUGACAAAGAAGAAAAGGCAGCUAGAGCUUAUGACUUAGCGGCAUUGAAAUACUGGGGAACCACUACCACUACAAAUUUUCCAAUUAGCAACUAUGAAAAAGAGUUGGAAGAAAUGAAGCACAUGACCAGGCAAGAGUAUGUUGCGUCUUUGCGAAGGAAAAGUAGUGGUUUUUCUCGGGGUGCAUCUAUUUAUAGAGGUGUAACAAGACACCACCAACAUGGACGUUGGCAAGCAAGGAUUGGAAGAGUUGCAGGGAACAAAGACCUUUACUUGGGAACUUUCAGCACCCAAGAAGAAGCGGCUGAGGCUUAUGACAUUGCUGCCAUUAAGUUCCGAGGACUGAAUGCAGUGACAAACUUCGACAUGAGCAGAUACGAUGUAAAGAGCAUACUCGAGAGCAGCACAUUGCCAAUUGGCGGGGCAGCCAAGCGAUUGAAAGAUGUUGAGCAGGCUGAAAUGACUGUGGAUGGACAAAGAACAGAUGAUCAUGACAACGUGAGUUCUCAGCUAACUGAUGGAAUCAACAAUUAUGGAGGUGCACCACAUCAUGGUUGGCCUACUCUUGCAUUCCAACAAGCUCAGCCUUAUAGCAUGCACUACCCAUAUGGCCAAAGGGUUUGGUGCAAGCAAGAACAGGAUUCUGAUCCCCCACAUAGCUUUCAAGAUCUUCAUCAGUUACAAUUGGGAAAUACCCAUAAUUUCUUUCAGCCUAAUUCAGUUUUACACAACCUCAUGGGCAUGGAAUCAGCUUCAAUGGAACAUAGUUCUGGUUCUAACUCUGUCAUUUAUAGCAAUGGAGGAGGUGCAACUGCAGAUGGGUAUGGAAGCAAUGGUGGCUAUAUAAUGCCUUUGACUACAGUGAUUGCUAAUGAAGGCAACAACCAAAACCAAGGAAAUAAUGGUUUUGGGGAUAGUGAAGUGAAGGCACUUGGUUAUGACAAUGUGUUUGCCUCAACUGAUCCUUAUCAUGCAAGGAACUUGUAUUAUCUUUCACAACAAUCAUCAACGGGUGUCGUUAAGGCUAGCACGUAUGAUCAAGGCUCUGCGUGCAAUAAUUGGGUGCCAACUGCAGUUCCAACUCUUGCACCAAGGUCUAACAAUAUGGCUGUUUGCCAUGGAGCUCCAACUUUCACAGUAUGGAAUGAUACCUAAAGGAAAGGGAAGAAGAAUGCAUAGGAAGAGGAAUGGGUUUAGGGAAACGAAGGAUGUAUACACUACUGAUUUCCUAAUUUUGAUUUUUCAUUCUCCUCUCUUCCUUCUAUGUUUACUAAUGAUCUAAGGAAGAUAGGCUCCUUUUA